CAAAACAGUAACGGAGGAGAAAUACUGUCUACUGAACAUGCAGUGCCUCAAUUCAUGAAGACUGACACCUGGUCCUCUAUUUUGGUUGAAAGCUCCCAAUCCCGUGUCAAUACAGACCAGCAUGAAAGCCAGGGGAGAUAUUUGAGGGAUCUUACAGUGAAGACCAUCUGUGAAAGUAGUAGAGGCCAUCAGUGUGAGACUCCAAAUCUUACUGUGGUACAAAGCAGUUUUCCUGAACAAAAUCCGUUUCAAUGUUGUGAAUGUGGAAAAGCCUUCAUGGAUUACUCCUCCUACACUGGUCACAUCAGAUCCCACACAGGAUGUGACAUCUGUGAGAGUAAGAAAAGUGGACAGGCCUGUGAUUGUCCCUCAAAGCUGACCCCUUCUCUGAGAACUCUUCCAAGAAAGAAAGCCGACGGUGAAAAAGAGCGUGGGAAGGAUGUCAGUGUGCCAAGCCUUCAGAAUCCCGUGAGAACACGCAUGGGUGAAAAAUGCUAUGUGUGUCACAAAUGUGGGAGGGAUUUCUGUGGUUUCUCAUCCUUUUGGAAACACGUGAGAGGCCCUAAGUGUGAUCAUAAGGAGCAGUCUGCAUCCUGUGGUUUGCUGUCAUCCCUAAGUCUACAUAAAACAUUUCAGAACUUUGAUAAACAUCAUGUAUGUAAAGACUAUGAGGAAGACUUUAGAUUUUCUUUGUCACUCACACAGCAGGUGGACAUUCACAAGGGAAAGAGGAGUUAUAGGUGUAAGGAAUGUGGGAAGGCCUUCACUCAAUCCUCCAACCUCAUUAUCCAUAGAAGAAUCCACAGUGGAGAGAAGCCUCAUGAAUGUAAGGAUUGUGGGAAAGCCUUCACUCACUCCUCAAACCUGAUUAUACAUAGAAGAAUCCACAGCGGGGAGAGGCCUUAUGACUGUAAGGACUGUGGGGUAGCCUUUAGGUGUUCCUCACAUCUCACUAGACACCUGAAAACUCACAAUGGGCAGAAGCCUUAUGAAUGUAAAGAAUGUGGGAAAACCUUUUCUCGGUCCUCAAAACUCACUAGUCAUAGAAAAACUCAUAGUGGAGAGAGGCCCUAUGACUGUAAGGAAUGUGGCAAAGCCUUUAGCGAGUUUUCUAUCCUCAGAAGACACAGUACAACUCACAGGGAGGUGAGGCCUUACGAAUGUAAAGAAUGUGGCAAAACUUUCACUCGCUCUUCACACCUCAUUUCACAUACAAGAACUCACAGUGUCGAUAAGCCUUAUGAAUGUAAGCAGUGUGGGAAAGCCUUUAGGCAUUCCUCAAACUUAACUAUACACACAAGGACUCAUACAGGAGAGAGGCCUUAUGCAUGUAAGGAAUGUGGGAAAACCUUUAGAUGUUCUUCUUGCCUGACUGUACAUACAAGGACUCAUAGUGGAGAGAAGCCUUAUGAAUGUGAGGCAUGUGGGAAAGCGUUUAGUCAAGCCAGUAAGUUCAAUGCACAUAGACGCAGCCACACUGUAUUGGUCUUAGGAGUGUAAGCAUGGUGGGGACGCCUUUAUUCUUAUGUAUAUUACAUUGUAUAUAUAUUGUACAUAUUGUAUAUUAGAUUGAGUUGUAUUACCUAGGAUUUCAAACUGUAUGUUAAAAUGUGUGUAAUAUAAAUCAUUAAUACUAUUACUUUGAGUAUUAUAUUGUGUUUAACAGAAAACUAAUGUCAUACACAUGCAAAAUUAGUAUGUUUAUAUUUUAUUUUGUAUAUUGCAAGCCUUAUGACAUUUUGAUAUACUAUACUGAACAAAUACAUUGAA